ACACACCAUGUCUUCUGUUGUGUCAUCAAAAGAAGAUACAAUGUCGUCUGAAAAAGCAGAUGAGAAACAACCUGAAGCUGAAAACAAAGCUGAGGAAAGUGAUGAGGAUGAAGAAGAGGAAGAAGAGGAGGAAGAAGAAAAGGAAAAGAGUCUCAUUGUUGAAGGAAAAAGGGAGAAAAAGAAGGUAGACCGAUUGACCAUGCAAGUGUCCUCGUUGCAAAAGGAACCUUUUACAAUUACACCAGGAAAAGGACAAAAACUCUGUGAAAUUGAAAGGAUACAAUUCUUUCUGAGUAAAAAGAAGACAGACGAACUUAGGAACCUGCACAAACUCCUCUACAACAGGCCAGGCACUGUUGCUUCCCUAAAGAAGAAUGUGGGUCAAUUCAGCGGGUUCCCAUUUGAAAAAGGAAGUGACCAAUACAAAAAGAAGGAAGAAAUGUUAAAAAAAUUUAGAAAUGCAAUGUUGAAAAGUAUCUGUGAAGUUCUUGACUUGGAAAGAUCAGGAGUUAAUAGUGAGCUGGUAACCAGAAUCUUAAACUUCUUAAUGCACCCAAAAUCUUCAGGCAAGCCAUUGCCAAAGUCCAAAAAAACACCGAGCAAAGGUGGCAAAAAAGAACGCAGUAGCACUGGAACAACACGAAAAGCAAAACGUACCAAGUGCCCAGAGAUCUUGUCAGAUGAAUCCAGUAGUGAAGAUGAAAAGAAAGAAAAGGAUGACUCUUCAGAAGAAAAAGAAAGUGAAGAUGAGCCCCCUAGAAAAGCAUCUAAAAGAGAAAAAUCUAAAAAGAUUGCCAAAACCAAGAAAGCUGUGAAGGGUGCAAAUGUCAAGAAGGCAGAUAGCAGCACUACUAAAAAGAAUCAGAACAGUUCUAGAAAAGAAAGUGAGUCUGAAAAUAGUUCAGAUGAUGAACCUUUAAUUAAAAAGCUGAAGAAACCACCCACAGAUGAAGAACUCAAGGAAACUGUCAAGAACUUGUUGGCCAAUGCAAACUUGGAGGAGGUGACGAUGAAACAGAUUUGCAAGAAGGUGUAUGAGAACUACCCUAGUUAUGACUUAUCUGACAGGAAAGACUUCAUUAAAGAAACAGUCAAAGAGUUGAUUUCAUGAUCUGAUUUGACUGUGGGAAAUGAAGAUUCCUGCUUUCAUGUUCCCAUGGAUUUGAAGAUCUGAUAGGCACCAGCAAAAGGAGAAUAUAUCUUACCCUUGUGGUAUUUAGUCAGAACUGAUUCUGCUGAUCUCAUGUUAAGAGUGUUGAUGUAAAUUGCUUUGUGUAUUUUUUUUUUUUAGCUGCAUUUGAUGCAGUUUUUAGUUGAACAUACAAGUUUUGUGCAUGGCAAUAAAUGUUCUCCUUUUUUUUUUUUUGUUAUAGUUUUUGUACAUUUUGAAUUGCUUUGUAUAACUAGAUUAAUUAGAACCAUUGUAGCUUUUUAGUGUGGAUUACUAGCCUGCAGGAGAUUUUUAAAAUCAAGUAAGAUGAAAGCUGCUUAUCUGCACAUACACAUGCAGAGACUGGAUACUGCAGUAUUGGUUAUAAAGAGAUUUGGAAUACAUAUAUCCAUUCUGAUAAUAACAAGUUA